AAAAUCACCAAUUUGUUACCAUGUUUUGUGAUAUUUCCCAAUCAAUUCGAUUUUUUUUUGCCUAUAUCUUGGACACUAUGUUGACGAAAUUUUCCAAGAUGUGGCAAAAAUGUUGUCUAAAAACAGAUAUGAUCAUAAAUCUGUCAAACUAGUUUUGCAUCAAACGUUAUAGGGAUGCAGUGCGGGUACCUGAAAUAAUACAAAAAUUAGUAUCGAAAAAAACAAACUUUUUAGACCUCAAAUAAUCAAUAUUCGGAUAUUGAAAUCAAAAUUAAUCACUGAAAAUGAUUUUUUUUUAAAAAUAAUGGAAUGAUGUGUGUUCAACGGCAAAGAAGAAUAUACUGCGGUUGGUUCCGCCUAUGGCCAAAAUCCUCUCACGGCGUGGUUGGUCCAUCUUCCAUCAUAAUGACUAAUUCAAACAGUCUUUUCGCUUUUUUCUAUGUCACGGCUAAAAGUUUUAAUGACCGCUUAAUAUAACAGGUUCAUAUUCCUCCCAUAAGGUAGGAAUGCUUACGGCUUUGAGCAACAUUUAUUUAUCUAUUUUAAUUUAUUAUUCACGAAUAUAACUAUAAAAAGAAGAGUGGUCCAGAGGAACCAUCAGUGUCAUUCGGCGUGGUGUAGUGUCAAAAACAUGAAGCCCACAUACGUUUCGGUGGUUUUUGCUUUAUGCAUGUUCAGUGCUUUCGCGGACGAUGCUAAUACUUAUUUGGGAAGUGCCCGUGAGGCCCUUAGCCUCUACAAAGAAUGUUCGGGUUCUGAUGGAUUAUCACCAUGUUUGAAGAUCAAAGCCCUAGACGUUAUUAGCAGAUUAGGAAGAAUGGAAAAAAUUGAAUUAUUUGAUGGAUUAGUAGUUACUGGGAAAAGUGAAGAAAAUCCUGAUGAACCUAACUUGGAGCAAGUUGAACAGACCUUACCAAGGGCUUUGGAUGCCAAAAAUCAAGCUUUGACCGAAAUGAUGUUUAAUAGAAUUGCAAGAAUGAUUGGAUCAAAAUCUAUUGAAAUUUCGGUUCCUAAAUUUAUGGAAUCAGCAAGAAAAAAAGAGGAAGACUCUAAAUUUGGAGAUAUCGAAGAAUUAUUCGACAAAUUUGAUGACGGUAAGAAGGGCGGUCAUGGUGGCGGUCACGGCGGAGGUCUCAGAAAGAAAAUGAAGAAAGGAAAAGAAGGCAUGGGCAUGAAAGAUUUCUUCAUGAUGAUCAUGGCCCACAAAUUGGCAAUGAUCCCACUUUUCAUUGCUGGUCUCUUCAUCCUAGCCGUUAAAGCUUUUACCCAAGCAAAGAUUGCUCUCCUGAUCGCCGGUAUUAUUUUUGCCAAAAAAUUGAUGGCCAGCAAAGAGCAAGGACAUGGUAGUGGAGGACAUGGACACGUUGAGCAUGUAUCUUCAGGAUGGUCCGGUGGUGCUGCUGGUGGCGCGUCUGGAGGGUGGAGCAGCGGAGGUGGUGCAGGUGGCUGGAACGGCGGUGGUGGCUGGGACAGACGUUCUUUGGAAGCAGCCCAAAACCUAGCUUAUCAAGCUCAGCAACCCCAAGCCUAGUCAACAAAUAUAAUAAUAAUUUAUUUAUUUAUUUAAUUUAUCGAUAGAGAAGUUACUGGUACUCAACCAACUUCUUUUUUUUUUCACUGUUCAUCUAGUCAUAAAUAUUUAUUAAAUCUGACACUGUACCUUGCCUUAUUAAAGAUUGCCUUCGGUGUCACUGGCAUAGAUAAAAACAUUAUCGCGCAUUCUAAUUAAUAUGUUUUCGAAACAAUCUUGUCAAUAUGCCGUUGUGUGCCUAAUCUUCUCUAUGUUGAUGUAUGACCGAUUUUUUGGUCAUCGAUUUUGUUUGACUGGUACCUACCUAAAUUUAAUUAUUUAUUUUUUGCCUUACAGAGGUGCUUAAUUUAUUUUAUUUUUGUUAAAUUCAC